AUGAGGAUCUUCAUCUUUAGUUUGCGAGUGUUCUCUGUUGCCGCGGUUGUAGGAAUAUUUAUUCUUCUUCCGGUUAAUUAUCUGGGGGAUCAGCUGCGCGACAUUGACUUCUCCGAUAUCCCGAACAAAUCGCUGGAUUUGUUUACCAUUUCAAAUGUGAAGGAUGGUUCGAACAGGUUAUGGUUUCACUUCUCUGCUGCAUAUCUUAUCACCGUAAUAGUGUGCUAUCUACUGUAUUCUGAAUACAAGUAUCUAUCUAGUAAGAGGAUCGCCCACUUCAUUGCAUCCAAACCGCUACCGCAUCACUUCGCCAUUCUUGUCCGUGGUAUACCAUUGCGUGAUGGAAGUUCUAUCAGUGAUACUGUUGAGAGUUUCUUCAUGGAGUACCAUCCUUCUACAUACUUGUGCCACACUGUGGUUCAUCAAACAAGCAAACUUCGACGCCUCAUCACUGAUUCCGAGAAUCUUUAUAGAAGACUGACUGACUUGAAAUCCAGUCCACGUACUCCUGAAAACCACAGAAAUGGCGGCAUUCUUGGAUUGUUUGCCAAAAAAAAAGAUCUUUUGGGCAGUUAUGAGAAGAAAUUGGAAGAUCUUGAAGAAAAUGUGAGAGUAGAACAGUCAGAUAUAUCUGUGACAAAAGAGGAAAUUCCAGCAGCCUUUGUUUGCUUCAAAUCUAGGUAUGGUGCUGCAACUGCUCUUAAAAUUCAACAAUCGGACAAUCCUAUAGAAUGGGUAACAGAGGAAGCCCCUGAACCAAAUGAUGUUUACUGGCCUUUCUUUUCUACGUCAUUCAUGCAAAGAUGGAUUUCUAAGCUGGUGGUCUUUGUGGCAUCUAUAUUCCUAAUUAUUAUUUUCCUCUUAGUUGCUGCCUUUGUUCAAGGGCUUACUUAUUUGGAACAGCUAGAGACAUGGCUGCCCUUCCUUAAGGACAUACUGAAGAUAACUGUUGUGAGUCAAAUAAUUACUGGGUAUCUUCCCAGUCUCAUUCUUCACGUUCUUUCCUCUUAUGUGCCUCCAAUCAUGAAGCUUUUUUCCACCAUGCAAGGAUAUAUAGCUACUAGUCAGAUUGAGAAAAGUGCGUGCGACAAAAUGCUCUGGUUUGUUAUAUGGAGCAUCUUCUUUGCAAAUGUUCUAACAGGAUCAGCUACCAGUCUACUUCAGAUAAUUCUUGAUCCGAAGGAGAUUCCCGUAAGACUAGCUGUUGUUGUACCAGCACAGGCCUCCUUUUUCAUUGCGUAUGUGGUGACAUCAUGGACUAGCUUAUCUUCAGAGCUCACUCGAACUAUGGCUCUUAUUUGUAAUUUGAUAGGGAAGCAUUGUUCAUGUAAGAGUGAUGAGGAUGAUGAAUUUCAGAUACCAUCUAUCUCUUACCACAGUGAAAUACCUAGGAUUCUCUUAUUUGGGCUGCUUGGUCUCACAUACUUUAUUUUAGCUCCACUUAUUCUGCCAUUUAUACUGGUCUUCUUCUGCAUUGGAUACAUCAUCUAUCGCAAUCAGCUUUUCAAUGUCUACUCACCCAAGUAUGAUACUGGUGGAAGAUUUUGGCCCAUCGUGCACAAUACCACAAUAUUUUCUCUUAUACUUAUGCACCUAGUUGCUAUCGGAAUAUUCGGGCUUAAAAAGGUUCCUCUCGCGUCAAGCUUGAUUCUACCACUUCCCGUGCUUACGCUCCUGUUUAAUGAAUAUUGCAGAAAACGCUUUCUGCCUAUUUUCGAAGCUUAUUCUGCCGAGACAUUGAUAAAGAAAGACAGAGCAGAUCAGAAUGAUCCAACCAUGGGAGAGUUCUUUGAUAAGUUGGUCACUGCAUACCGCGACCCAAUUUGGAUGCCAAUUCGCCACUCCCCGUUCUCAAAUGAGCAUAACUCCCCUCUGCUACAUUCUUCAUAGAUAGAAGUAAGUUCUGACCCUUAGCAACUAUUGAGCUCCUCAGUGAUGAGUAUUGGUGGUUUUGAUCGGCAUUUGAAUCUUACGGAAGUGGUACUGGCUUACUGAACCAUGCUUCCAUCUGGUUCGAACCCUUUCGUCACUGUAAGUAGAUGGUUUUGUGUGUAUCCUUCCUGUCAGGUCAUGUGCAGCCAAAGGACGGGUGCUCGUGAGAGUGCCAAUGUUGUGCCACUAUAUAGCUAUGGAAGGUAAAAGAGAAGCAUUUUCAUGAAAUGCUUCUAGUUGCAAGAGCCUUGUAAUUUUAGGGUAGAACAGGGAUAUGGGGGUUUGUUUAGGGCCUUGUUGUUCCGUUCCAUGAAGUUUUCACAGCUCGUCGUUUUAGCUUGGAGCUAAUCGUAUGAACUGCUUAUCUUCUUGAUGAGUGUGCCGCUAUGAGAAACAGGACGUUAUAGCAGGCAUGUAGUGUUGAGUAGAGUUGUCUACUUUUUUUUCUUUCUUUAUUUUACGUCCUUGUUUAAGUCCUUAUAUCUUUCUAUUCUACCACACUACCUUAAUUUUCUGCUUA